GCAAUGCAUUGAAUGACAGAUUAAUGAACUUCACGACUCAUUCAACCACAACAACACCACAACCGAAUACUUAUAUGUCAUCCAAUCGAGCACUCAAUGCCUGAUUAUCACCACCGCAUGCAAUGGCAGCUCAUAUGGCACUCGAGAGACCGAAACCUAAUUACUAUAAACAAGAAAUACGGUAUCAAUUGAACCAAAGAGACCAAACAGAGACCACGAGUAAUGACUUGAAUAUAUGGAAACAUUACCUGUAUGAGCUGCAGCAGAAGGCACCGACACCUAAGCGAGUGCUGUGUCGCCGGGAUGUUCCUCAUAAGCCAGCCUAUUAUGGCAGAGAGUAU